AUGCCAAAAGUACGUGGAAAACGCUUAACUAGAAAAAUCUGGCGUUCAAUAAUGGCAAAAAAUCAAAUGAAUAAUAAUUUAAAUGCAACGACAACAUCCUUGUCAAUCAAUUUCAACAACAACAGUAUAAGUUCUUCAAACGCUUUAUUAACUAGUGGGAAUUCUUCAUCAAUAUGUUACGAUGACAUAUGCAGAGCAACGAAUGAAACAACUUCAAACACCAAUAAUAGUAGCCGAGUUAUGGCACAAAGUGGAAGACAAAAACGAUGUGAAUAUUUUGAUCGUACUUACGAUAACUGUACAACAGCAAACGAUAAUAACUUUAAGGAAAUAAUAGCCACGAAUGAAAACAGUGAUAUGAAAAACGAACAACAGUGUGUUGUCGUUAAUCCGGCUGUACUUCGAUAUUUAGAACAAAAUCGUAGUUCCGGUUAUCAACGUAGUGAUGGUGAUAAUACAUCGACAGAACUAAAAAAUUACAUUUCAUCAGUGCUAACAACAUCGGGUAAGUUAUCAGCGACAAAUACCACUGCAACAGGAGAUUUCAAUAAACUACCACAACGAUCAUCGGCAACACCAGCAAAAUUGUGGCUAUCCGAUGUCGUAUCGGACAAUAGUUUGUUUACGAAUAACGAUACAAAUUCAUCACCGCCAUUGAUAACAUCAUCACACGCAUUCUUCGACAUACUCAAAAGUUUUUCCUCAAGGAAAACAACUGCACCUUGUGAAACAUUGACGAAAAGAGCAACUAUUGAAGAUAAUUCCUAUACUAGUAGUAACAUCUUCUCCAUGCAAAAUCAACAGCCACCAUCAUCUUCCUCGACACAACAUAGUCAGAUCCAUCAUUCAACAACGUCACUAGUAAAUACCAAACAUUUUUCAACAGAUAUUAAUAGCAUAGAAAAUAUGUUUGAUCGAUCCAUUGAAAAUGCUACCAGAGCGGUUGUUAAUGCGCCCGUUUCAGUAAUACCGACUCACAUUCAUUAUCAUCACUAUUUACAACAGCUACAAUAUAUUCCACGAAUAAAUAAAAAUGAAAUACUAGAAUUAGAUAAAUUAGUUCAAGAUGACUUGUUUUGGGAUUUUUGUUGCUCAAAUGACUUCAUAACGAGUUCAAUGUUAGUUGAAUAUAUAUUAUCAAAAGAAAAAAAAUAUGCAGCAAGGAAAAAGAAUGUGGAUGAUAAAGAAAAGAAGGCACAAACAGAUACAAAUAUUAUCUAA